AUGGCUAUACAAGAACCGUGCAUCGUUUGCUCCAUACCUACUGAGCACAAGUGCUCGAGCUGCCAAGAAGUCCACUACUGUUCGAGAGAACAUCAAAAGCAGCAUUGGAAGCAGCACAGACACUAUUGUGUUCCAGCCAAGAUCAAGGAAGAUAGCAAGUUUGGGAGAUAUUUGGAAACCACGAGAAAUAUAAAAGCUGGGGAUGUUAUCAUGAAAGAAGCUCCUUUAAUAACUGGUCCAGCUCAAGUAACUCCGCCGGUGUGUCUCGGCUGUUAUAAACUUCUAGAAGAAAAUAAGACUGUAUCUUGUGUAAAAUGUGGCUGGCCAUUCUGUUCCGAGUCUUGCUCUGAGGAUGCAGUACAUGUGCCGGAAUGCCACUAUACUCAGCAACGAGGUGAAAAGGUAUCGAUAUCAACUUACGGAGUGCCCCACCCAAAUUACCAAUGUAUAACUGUUCUCCGUUGUCUUUACCAACGAGAUUUUAAUGACAAGCUGUGGACCAAGCUGCAGAAGUUAGAAUCUCACGACCAAGAUCGUAGGGGUACAGAUAAGUGGGAAAACGAUAAGAAAAUGAUAGCACAGUUUAUUUGGAAGUUCUUUAAACUAGAUACUACCUUCAGUGAAGCCGAAAUUAUGAAGUGCUGUGGAAUAGUUCAGAUUAAUGGACACGAAGUGCCACUCCUGGAGCCAGAGUAUGUAGCAAUUUUUGACAGAAUAUCAAUGGUUGAGCACAACUGUCGCGCUAACUGCAAUAAGAGUUUUACAUCUGACGGACAAAUUAUUCUCUCCGCAGGUGUGAACAUAUCCGCAGGCGCACAUAUAUCAGUAUGCUACACGGACCCCCUCUGGGGUACAGAAGCUAGGCGCCACCAUCUCUCAGACUCCAAGUUCUUCGAAUGCUCUUGCGAGAGAUGUUCAGACGUCACUGAAUUUGGGACUAUGUUUAGCGCUGUUAAGUGUAAGAAGAAAGAUUGCAGAGGCUACCUCUUACCAGAUACAUUUAUCGUGCCUAUUCUUCAUAAAACCAAAUCUCCGGAUCCAAAAACCAGAGGUUUAGACAACAAAUACUGGAAAUGCAACAAUUGCAAGGACGAAGUAUCUGAUGCCAUCAUACAGCAACUUCUUCAAGAUAUUGGGAAAGAAUUGAGUAUAAUGCCUAAGGGUAAUCCUGAAUCAUGUGAAAGGUUCGUAAGCCACUGCAGCAGCUACCUGCACCCUUCACACUAUUACAUGAUCGACGUAAGCCUGGCCCUAGCGCAGAUGAUAGGUCAGGACCAACUCGGCUUAGCGAUGGUGACUGAUGACAGACUCUUAUUAAAGACUCAGUUGUGUCGGAAAAUAGCCGAUUUGUUGGAAAUUUUGGCACCUGGUGAGACUCGCCUUCGUGGGUCACUGCUCUUUGAACUGCACGCUGCAGUAGCGGAGACGGGACGCAGAAAAUCUCUUACUGAUGGACCUGUGGUCAUGCUGGGAUAUGUUACGGAAUCGCGUAAAAUCCUCAUGGAGUCAGCAGCUCUUUUAGCGCACGAGCCUCUCGAGCUGCCCGAGGGCCGCGUCGGCCGGCAGGCCAGGGUCAACCUCAUACAGAUGGACGACCUCAUCAAGAACCUCUCAGCGGCUCUACCUUCACCUUUA